UUGUCAGCCACAGUUCACAGCUCUUUGGCUGUGUUUCCUGUGACUCCACGCACCCCACACCCUCACUCUGCUCUCUGUGCAGAUCAAUCAAAGUCACCCUGGGGGCCCACAACAUCAAGGAGCAGGAGAAGACCCAGCAGGUCAUCCAGGUGACAAGAGCCAUCCCCCACCCAGACUAUAAUCCCAAGAACUUCUCCAGUGACAUCAUGUUACUGCAGCUGGAGAGAAAUAUCAAGCUGACUAAAGCUGUGAAGCCGCUUCGCCUGCCCAGGGGCAAGGACUGGGUGAGGCCUGGACAGAAUUGCAGCAUGGCCGGCUGGGGACAGGUUGCGAUGGGCACUUUAGCAAACACUCUACAAGAAGUGGAGCUGACCAUUCAGAAGGAUCGAGAGUGCAGAUCUCUCUUCCCCAGCUACUACCGCAGGGGCACCCAGAUUUGUGUAGGAGACCCAAAGAAGAGGAUGACCGGCUUCAAGGGAGACUCCGGAGGCCCCCUCAUGUGUAACAACACAGCUCAGGGUAUUUUCUCCUAUGGAGGAAACAGUGGGAAACCUCCAGGAAUCUACAUGAAUGUCUCACACUUUCUGACCUGGAUAAAGAGAACAAUGAAGCGCCUCUAACAGCAGGCAUGAGACUGAUCUUCCUUUUGGUUGACCAUCUCCCCCCGGGGCAGAGGCAAGAAUUCCA